CGCUGAGCUGGUGUCGAUACAGAAAAGUGAUUCAAAUAGAUUACCUUGCGAAUAGUGUACCUAAAUAAUAUUUUGCUUCUAAAAUGAGAGAAUGGAAUAAAUUGUUCCCCAACAAAGAAGCUUUCAUUAUAUUUUUCUUGUAUAUCGUUCUCUUUGUAUUCCAAGGGGUUUUUGUAACAGCUUCCAAGACAGAGUAUGGCGGCUACAACUACAACACGACGCUGGUGGUGUUCAUGUCGGAGCUGCUCAAGCUGGUCGCUUCCGCAACCCUCUACACUUACAGGAGGGAAAACAAGCCAAAUAUAUUCGAAGCUGUUAUGAUAAAUCAUAAACUGCUGUUUCUGUACUUCAUACCAUCACUGCUCUAUUGUUUUUAUAACAAUUUAGCUUUCAUUAAUCUGGCCCAUUAUGAUCCAACCACAUACUACAUUUUACUGCAGUUCAGAGUUGUUUUAACAGCUAUAUUAUUCCAGUGCUUAUUUAACAAGAAGUUGGGAUUCAUGCAAUGGAUAUCGUUAGCAGUGCUAACAGUUGGAUGUAUGAUCAAGAACAUCGACGCAGCGGCCGUGCAGUCCGGAGGCGCCGCCACUGACACCAGUGUUUGGGCAACAAUAUUCAGUGUUUACACAAUAUCUAUUAAUUUCCAAAACUUCUGCUCUUGCUUAGCCGGCACAUACAAUGAGUAUUUAUUGAAAACUCAGGGGUCCGAUGUGGACAUAUUUCUACAGAAUGUCUUUAUGUAUCUUGACUCUGUAGUUUGCAAUUUAAUCUUUCUUACAUUUAAAGGUGAAUUGUGUGAUGUGUUCGAGGAUUUCAAGAUGCUAGGCGACACUUACGUGAUACUUAUAAUUGUAAAUAGCGCGAUAGUUGGUAUAGUAACAAGUUUUUUCCUAAAGAAUCUCAAUUCUAUAUUGAAGACAUAUGCUAGUGCAUUAGAAUUAAUAAUCACAGCUGUAGUGUGUUAUUUACUGUUUGGUAUACUGAUCACGAGGUAUACUGUGAUCUCGAUAUGUUUAGUGAGCAUAGCUGUUGCCAUGUAUUUUAAGAAUCCAGUGAAUAAUGUUUUAGGCAGUGAUAUGGAAGCCAAAGAUAAAAAGGAAUUAUUGUUACCGAUAGUUGUGACCGAAAAUGACUAAAUUAUUUAUAUAUAAUGUCAAGGGUAAAUUAAGGUUUUUAGAUCAUUAAAAAAAGUAGAAGUGCCUAUUAGACGCUUUUUUAUACCUAUCCAACUUGUUUUAAAAACUGCUAUUUUUAUUGCAUUUUAAACCAGUUGGGUUAUUGCUAUCCAAGAAGGAUAUUCUCUUAUUUAAGAUUCUGAAUUACUUGAAAAGACUUUCGGUAUUUUUGUAAAACAACAUACCUAUGUAAUCAUAGAAAUAUACAUAAUAUUAUGCUCACGACUUUAAUCGCCGAAGGGGUAGUCAGAGGUGGCCCGUAACCCACAAGCCACCCGCUUUUCGCUCUACAUUUGUAGUUACGGGUCGCUAGCUGUAUCGCCGUUUUCAACGGGUACUAUACAAUGCACUUAGGGCGCACAUCUAGCAUCUGUGCAGGUUACCUCACGAUGUUUUCUUCAUCGUAAGAGUACGUUCUCAAGUUUCAAAAAAUAUAAGAAAGCAGCAGUAUUGAUAUUAAGCAUCACAAUAUUAGGUAAACUUAAUUUGGUUCAGUAUUAGGUAGGUACUUAUUUGUUUUAGUUGACACUGCUGCACUGCACUUAUGCUAAAGUAUUUCAGCGAAUUUCACACUUUGGUACUUAUUAAUAAAGAUAGUAUCUCAAAGUAAUUUAAUUAAAGCUAAAUAUUUUGAUUAUGUUAUUAUUAUCAUGACUAAUUAAUUUAAGAAGGCAAGAGCAUGUAAAUAUUGAAAAGGAGUUACCAAAAGAUGUACCAGUGCCACUAUUUUAAUUAUAAAUGUAAGUAGGUAUGUAUCAUAAAUUUAGUUGCAUUUUAUUGUAAUUUAUUAUUGAUUGAGUGGUGUGUAAAAAAUAGACAUUGAUUUAACAGCA